AAAGCGAGUGGCAACUCCAAGUCUCCAACUCACUAAAACUUCUCUUCGAAGGAGGAGAAGAGAUAGAGACGACGCUGCUCUGCUCGCUGUCUUUUGGUCUCCCCCUUUUGUUCACCGUUGAAGCAAUUCAUUGUACAAGGGAAUGAUGGGUGUAGGGUAUUUGGGUAGUGGAGGGCCUUCCUCAUCGUCCUCCAAUUUGUCGGCUUUGGCUCCACCUUUUACCGUUGAUCGGUCCAAUCCCAAAUCCAAUUCAAACCCGCUUGUGCAUUUCAAUGAUUCACUCUAUGCUGCACCCUUCAAUCAAACUUGGGUAUAUCCAUACUCUACAGCUCCUAGACCUGAUUUUGUUUCCAAUCCUGACCUGGAAGUGGAUUCUAUACGGACCACUAGUCUGCCUUUAGCAAAUGAUAAUGGGUACCCAGGUUCCGGGUCUAUCAACCCUUCAGGUCAUUGGUCUACCCUACACCCUACUGCCAAAACUGGGAGGGAUGCAUUUUCCUAUUCUGUUGAAGCUAAACCCUAUUGUCAUCCUUAUGUCUUGCCCAUGGUUGAUGAUGAUUCCCCUUUGGUGGCCAUUAAUGAACCUAGCUAUGAUCUGUUGUCGACUUCCGGUCAUUCCCGCUUGAAUGUAUCUCCUCAAGUUGAUUACACUCAAAGCUUGUCUCCUUUGGAGUAUAAGCCACAGUGGAGUGGCUUUUGGACUGGAUUGGCCGAUGCAAAGCGCAGUAAGCGGAUUGAACUUGAUGGCAGUUCCUACUCAGAGGAGAAGAAUGGCUCUGGUUCGCAUGUUUACAAGCCUUACAUUAAGCAAGGAGCUCGUACUGAUGAGGGCAGGAGCAAAUGUGGAGAAGAUUUUGCCAUUUCUCAGGGAAAAUGUACUGAUGCUUUUGGAAUAGCAAAUUCUGCUAGUUCCUUAAGUAUUGGGAUAUUGGAUGGUAAUUCAUUUUUCAGCAAAAAUAUCAGCUUCAUUCCUUUUGAAUCCUCCAGAAUGUCUCUCUCGGGAGCUGGCUCAGUAUUUACAGAAUCUCUUUCACAGGCACCUUCUCUAGAAACAGCCUCAAAUUCCAUAUACCAUCAAAAGCCAUACACUCCCCAUCAGAAACAUGAUUCCUUUAUGGAUGAUUGCAUGACAGUUAUAACGUCUUCAUCUGCAGUUCUUGUAGGACCACCAACCAUUGGGACUACUACUUUAGCACCAAACACAGUUUCACCUAAAACUCUGGAUAGUGGCAAUAAUGCAGCUGUUUACCAUGGAGAUUUUAAUAGCAUUAAUUUUGCAAAAGGAAAGGAGCCUCAGCUACCUAUAAGGUCUGAUGGCAAAGAAGAUUUCCUGGCUACAAACAAACCCAGCUUUCUCACAGAAAGAAGUGAACACAUCUGUGUUGAAUCCUCCUCCACAAAAGUAGAGCUGUCAAACAAGCAGCUCCAUAAGGAUGCCCCAGAUCACAAGUCCAAAGCAAGAUCAGGUUGUCAGGUUCCUGAUAUAAAUAUCAUCGCCGUAUUUGAUGGUGCUGGUGUCAAGUCUACUGAGAGUUCUUCAGAUGGUUUAGAACAUCAUAACCCUGCUGUUGAUUCACCCUGCUGGAAAGGAGCCCCAGGUGUUCAUUUUCCUCCAUUUGAAGUCCUUGAAGCCACAACUCAGCAGCAUCUUACGAAAAAUUUAGAAGCACAAAUCGGUUUGAAUAUCCACGAAUCUCAGAUUUUCACUCCCUUUAAUGAUUCUGUGAAAUUUUCUUCUUCAAAAUCAUGUGAAAUUGGUAUGCACAAUCAAAAUUGGCAUAUAGAUGAUAGUCUAUCACUUUCUCCAAAGAGAAAUUUAGAUGAUAAUUGCCUGGUCAAAGAACAGAGGUCAGGUGAUGCUGUCAAAGCAGAUGACUUUCCCAAUCUGAGUAGCAAUAUUCGAGUUCUAUGUUCUGAUGACAUUGACAAACCAAGGAAAGAAUAUGACUUUCCCCACGGAGACAGUUGUGUUAAAUCUCGUCACACCAAGCAACUGAAUCCUGAAGAGGAAAACUUCACAUGUACAAAGCUUAAGUUACGGACUGGGGUUGAAGACAGUGGGAUGAAUUCCAAUGAUGCCUCAGAAGAUGGUCGGGUUCCGUUGCAUGUUGUGGAAAAUGUCUUAUCUUCACCCUCUUCUGGAGAAGACACUAGUGAGCUUGUAAAACUUCAUGGGAGGGAAAGAACUCCAACAAUGGGCAUUCAAAUGCUGGUUAAUGCAUUGCGUAACCUUUCAGAAUUGCUUCUAUUCCAUUGUUCAAAUGAUAUGUGCAGACUGAAAGAACAAGAUUAUGAGGCCCUUAGGAAUGUCACCAACACACUUGGUGCAUGCAUGUCAAUGAAGAUGGUAAAUGCAAUGCCAACUGGAGAGUCAUCUUUUCCCCAACAAGGCCCUUUUCAUAAAAUUGCUGUGUCACCUGAUCUGCAUCUGGGUGCCAGUGCAAGCCAGCCUCAGAUGAGGAACAAGGCAGCUGCAAAUUUGCUUGGUCGGCUUGAUUUUCAGCACACGGAAGAAGAAAAGAGGAACAAUAAUAUUUCUGGUAAGAAAGCUGAGACAUUUCAAGGUUUUGUUUCUUUAAGGGAUGAUGCAGAAGUUUCUAACGAUGGUAACAUGGUCCAGGUAUGCUAUAUCUCCCAGUUCUUCAGUGACCAAAAAAAUAUGAAAUGAUCAUAUUGGUUAUAGCUUUUCUUGCAAAGGAGAGUGAAAAAAAGAAAGAGAGUUUUUAAGAUUUUACAAAUAUAUGAGUUCAAUUGUUAUGUUUCCGGACUUGCAGGCUAUAAAGGAGAUCCUUAACCAGAAUUUCCAUGGUGAUGAAGAAAGGCAGCCACAAACUCUCUUGUAUAAGAAUCUUUGGCUCGAGUCUGAAGCUGAAUUGUGUUCCAUUGGUUACAAAGCUCGCUUUGAGCGAAUGAAAAUUGAGAUGGACAAAAGCAAGCUAGACAAAGUAAAAGGUUAGCCUCACUUCCUUCAAAACUGUUUGUCACAUUUAUGGUCUCUAAUCUUCUUCUGCUUCAGAUGUGUCAGAAAAUCCUAAGGUUGCAGAGAAACUUUCAAUCUCCGAGAUUUUGCCUGAUCCAAACAUAACAAGCACAUUAACACCUAUGGUAAAAGAAAGAAUGUCACUGAAAACACCCAUCCGGGAUUUUCCUAGUUCAAGCAUAACCAGCCACGUUGAUGAUGUUGAGGCUUCCUUCAUGACCAGAUUCCAUAUCCUAAAAUGCCGUGAUGACAAUUCAAAUUCCAUAAAUAUGGCAGGGAAACAACUGCCAGAGGUUGUUGAUGCUGGAUUUGCAGGUAAGGCAAACUGUUGGCCAUUUUCUGAAUACCAACAAGAGGAUGGAUGCUUGGAUGUGGGUGUGGGACCUCCUCAUCUGCAGCGUGACACUGGGAAUGGUUGUGAAGACAAAUUUGGGUCAUACAGAGAUGGUUCUGAUCAUGAUAAUGUCAGAGAGUUCCGCGUGUGUGCCAAGGAUGACGCAGUGAUUCAAUCUUACAAGAACAGUGGGCUGGCUACUCAACGUUCUUCUGGGUGGUAUGACAGCUCUUCAUCAGAUUGGGAACAUGUGCUGAAGGAUGAGUUUACAUGGCGAAAAUGAUGGAAUUAUAUCUACAAGAGUAUUCCUGAAGAUGUAAAUAGUUUCUGUGUUUCGGUUUUAUGCCAAGUGGACAUGUAAAACCUCAACUGAUGUAUAUUUGUGUAAGUAGGAGAUUAUCUAUAAACUUGUCCAAAGCUUUUGAUCUCUUUGUUUUCAGGAGUGAUCCGUACUUAUAAAUUACAUUGCUCUAUGUCAGUGCAAACUACAUUGUUUCCUAUUUGUAAUCAGAUGAAGAAGCUCCCAAUGGGAU